AUGGCGGCCAAAUCGAAUGGCAGCAAUAUAACGAACGCCUUCAAGAUCCUGAUUGCUGGAGGCUGCUAUUCUGGUCUUGCCGCGGCGAUCACUAUUCUAGAGAGGUGUGAUACAUCCUCGCCGCCGGUCCCCGUGGAAAUUGUCAUAGUCGAUGAGCGCGAUGGCUUCUAUCAUGUCAUUGGCACGCCCUUGGCUCUAGCUGAUAAGGCUUACGCCGAAAAGGCUUGGGUUGAGUUUCGUCACAUCAAGAUUCUGCAAAGACCGGAUGUCAAAUUCAUCCACGGAAGUCUUCAAAGCAUCAGCUGCGAUCUCCUGGAGGCUACUAUUAUCCAAGGCGAUACAAAGAUCCUGGAGAGAUAUGACUUCUUUGUAGGCGCCACCGGACUAAGGAGAGUGUGGCCAGUAGUCCCCCAGGGACUGAAUCGUGUCGAUUACCUAGCAGAAGCUGGGAAACAUAUUGAUGCUAUCACCAAAAGCUCUCAUUCUGUUCUGGUGAUCGGAGGGGGCGCCGUUGGUAUCGAAAUGGCUGCCGAGUUGAAGAUAUGCUACCCUUAUAUUAGGGUCAUAUUGGCCCAUUCGAGAGACAAGCUGCUAUCAUCGGAACCUUUGCCGGAUACUUUCAAAGACCGGUCGCUGAAGCUUCUUAGGGACGCCGGAGUGGAAGUGAUGCUGAAAUGCAGGCUUGUGAACAACAAGAGAGUUGCCGGCGGUCAAGAGGUGGACUUCUCAAACGGAGACCGUCUGACUGCGAGUGUCGUGAUAAUGGCCAUUUCGAGAAGUGUGCCCUCAACCACGUUCCUGCCGAAAGAGUCGUUAACCGAGGAGGGCUAUGUCAACGUAACUCCUUCUCUGCAACUAGCCGCCACCGUUCCGAACUCGAGCGUACAUUUUGCAGCAGGAGACAUGAUUAAUUGGUCGGGGAUCAAAAGAUGUGGCUCCGCUAUGCACAUGGGGAAACUUGUGGGAUUCAACGUUUGCCAACUCAUUCAACAGAAGGUUUCGAAAGCGGCAAAGGCGCCAAAGUUAAAGGAGCUCAGCAAUAUCCCACCAAUGAUUACUGUAGCCAUCGGCAAAUCAGCAGCCUCGUACGGGCCUUUAGGUGUUAAGUCAGGCAAGAGAACUAUGCGCCUCUUCUUCGAGCAAGAUCUUGGAUUCAGAAUUAUAUGGGAUUACCUCCGACUUGGAUGUGAGCCAGGUUCGCUGGUAACCUGGAAACAAUCUGCUGCAAAUAUCCUAGUGUACCUGAUACCCGAGGCCAGGUCUGUUUGGACGAAGCUGGCGAGGAGUUGA